GAAAAUUUCGUUUGAGAGCUACUGCACCCGAAGACGGACAUUUGUUUAGCUGGUUCUUCAUAUUUUUCAUGUAUUUUUAUUUUAUGAGUAAAGCUACGUGCAAGCACAAUGGCAGAUGACGUUCUGUUUGAAUUCCUUCAUAUGGCGAUUGUGGCUCACAUUUACAAGGAGCAGGCAACCCGAGAGGAUAUUGAUAAGGAGAGAGUGACAUGUGUAUCUACUCUAGAGUCAAUGGGCUUCAGAGUUGGUCAAGGGCUGAUUGAAAGGUUUACAAAAGACUCCCCCAGUUUCAAAGAUGACUUGGACAUCAUGAAGUUUGUCUGCAAAGACUUCUGGAGCACUAUCUUCAAAAAACAAAUUGACAACUUGAGGACGAACCAUCAGGGCACUUAUGUCUUACAGGAUAAUAAAUUUCCUCUACUGACUCAGUUUUCCACUGGAAAGCAAUACCUUGAGGAGGCCCCUAAAUACUUGGCCUUUUCUUGUGGAUUGAUUCGGGGAGCUCUAUCCGUCCUGGGCUUGGAGAGUGUUGUGACUGCAGAGGUCUCGUUAAUGCCAUCAUGUAAAUUCCAAAUUGUAGUUCAAAAAAUCUAGGACGGACUAAAUGAGCUGUGAACGGUAAUGUUUCAUCAAAGCAAAACAACAUUUAUGGGAAUUACAUGGACCUAUAUACUAAAUGUUUACACCUGAAUGGCAGUUUACAACAUUAUAUUUGAUAAAAUUGAUGUUAUAUUUCAGUGAGACAGUUCUUUUGCAUUUUACCAUUUUGAUUUAUCUAUCUUUUUGAUUUAUGUCCAUAAGACUUAAAUUAUGAGUCUUGAUUGGUUUUCUAACAUUUGAAUGUCAUUUUCUACCUCGACACACUUACAGUUGAAGUCAGAAAUGUACAUACACUUUAAUUUGAAGUCAUUAAAACUCAUUUUUUAACCACUUCACAGAUUUAAUUCUAGCAAACUAUAGUUUUGGUAAGUUGUGUCACGCACAAAGUAGAUGUCCUAAACAAGUUACUUUUCCAACAAUUGUUUAUAGACAGACUGUUUCACUUUUAAUUGACUAUAUCACAAUUCCAAGUUAACUGUGCCUUUAAGCAGCUCGGAAAAUUCCAUAAAAUUAUGUCAAGCCUUUAGAUAAUUAGCCAAUUAGUUUCUGGUGUACUGAAUUGGAGGUAUACCUGUGGAUGUAUUUUAAGGCCUACUUUCAAACUUAUUGCCUCUUUGCUUGACAUCAUGGGAAAAUUAAAAUAAAUCAGCCAAGACCUCAGAAAAAAAUUGUGGAUGUCCACAAGUCUGGUUCAUUCUUGUGAGCAAUUUCCAAAUGCUCCACGUUCAUCUGUGCAAACAAGUAUAAACACAAUGGGACCACGCAGCCAUCAUAACUCUCAGGAAGGAGAUGCAUUCUGUCUUUUAGAGAUGAAUGUAGUUUGGUGCAAAAAGUAAAAAUCAAUCCCAGAACAACAGCAAAGGACUUUAUGAAGAUGCUGGAGGAAAUGGGUUGACAAGGAUCUAUAUCCACAAUAAAACGAGUCCUAUAUUGACACAACCUGAAAGACUGCCAGCAAGGCAGAAGCCACUGCUCCAAAUCCCCCAUAAAAAAGCCAGACUACAGUUUGCAAGUGAACAUUGGGACAAAGAUCUUACUUUUGGAGACAUAUCCGCUGGUCUAAUGAAACACAAAUUGAACUGUUGGACAUAAUGACCAUUGUUAUGCUUGGAGGAAAAAGGGUGAGGCUUACAAGCCGAAGAACACAAUCCCAACUGUGAAGCAUGGGGUGGCAGCAUCAUGUUGUGGGGUGCUUUGCUGCAGGAGGGACUGGUGCACUUCACAAAAGAGAUGACCUCAUGAGGAAGGAAAAUGAUGUGGCUAUAUUGAAGCAACAUCUGAAGACAUCAGUCAGGAAGUUAAAGCUUGAUAACAAAUGGGUCUUACUAAUGGACAAUGACCCCAAGCAUACCUCCAAAGUUGUGGCAAAAUGGCUUAAGGACAACAAAGUCAAGGUAUUUGGAGUGGUCAUCACAAAGCCCUGACCUCAGUCCGAUUUUUUUCGUGGGCAGAGCAGAAAAAACAUGUGCGAGCAAGGAGGCCUACAAACCUGACUCCGUUACAUCAGUUCUGUCUGGAAGAAUGGGCCAAAAUUCCGGCAACUUAUUGUGAGAAGCUUGUGGAAGGCUACCCAAAAUGUUUGACCCAAGUUAAACAAUUUAAAGGCAAUGCUACUAAAUACUAACAAAGUGCAUGUAAUCUUCUGACCCACUGAGAAUGUAAUGAAAGAAAUAAAAGCUGAAAUAAAUAAUUCUCUCUACUAUUAUUCUGACAUGUCACAUUCUUAAAAUAAAGUAGUGAUCCUAACUGACUUGAGACGAAAUGUUUUCUACAAUUAAAUGUCAGGAACUGUGAAAAACUGAGUUUAAAUGUAUUUGGCUAAGGUGUAGGUAAACUUCUGACUUCAACUGUAUUACAAACUAAAUUAUUGUAAUAGAAAAUGACGGAAGCAUAUUUUGGUUUUGAUAAAUUUUCAGAUCAAUUCACUGAAAAAUAUUUUGGAGUUCUCUUUUUAUACACAUUAAGUUUAGCUAAACAUGAAUGGUUUACACUUUAUUAGCCAUAAUUUAGUAAUGAUACACUUCGUGUUGAAAACAAUUAUGGAUUUUUUUUAUGGGUAUAUUUGGUGAAUUUGUACAUUUAUCUCACUGAUUAAGUUUUAAAGGAAUAUAAACGGAUCAUUUUUUUUAUUAUUAUAAUUUUUAUAUAUAUAUAUAUAUAUAUAUACACCAGAAGAGGGCAACCUUUGUUAGUCUAAUUGUAUGCCUUUGGGGUAAAAAGCUUGUGUCUGUAUGUAAUUAAACUUUAAUGAGUAAACAUUUUGCACUUAUUUGCCCCAUAUUUUGGUCUGCAAAAUGUUUACUGCUGUUACCUCAGUUAAUCAAAGCUUUAUUUGUCUUUCUUGUUGGUACAAUUUUUAAACGAAGAUAGGCCCUCAUUGGGCUGUUUAUUUUCUGUAAUGAGCUUGUUUAUCUGCAUAUUUCUGAAUGAAUUAUAAAUAUUCAAAGAAAUGAAACAUUUCAAAUGCACAUUUUAAAUUUGCCACUAAAUAUAAAUAGUUGAAUGCUUUCAGUACAAUAACAAAAAGAAACAGAAGGCUCUGUUUAGGCUGUAUUUUUCACAUUUGUAGCAUAUAUAUAUAUAUAUAUAUAUAUAUAUAUAUAUAUAUAUAUAUAUAUAUAUAUAUGCACACACACUGGCAGCCAACAUUUUGGAAUAAUGUACAGAUUUUGCUGUUUCGGAAGGAAAUUGGUACCUUAAUUCACUAAAGUGGCAUUCCACUGAUCACAAAGUAUAGUCAGAACAUUACUGAUGUAAAAAAACAGCACCAUCACUAUUUGAAAAAAGUCAUUUUUGAUCAAAUCUAGACGGGCCCCAUUUCCAGCAGCCAUAACUCCAACACCUUAUCCUCGAGUAAUCAUGCUAAAUUGCUAAUUUGGUACUAGAAAAUCACUUGCCAUUAUAUCAAACACAGCUGAAAGCUAUUUGGUUUGUUAAAUGAAACUUAACAUUGUCUUUGUGUUUGUUUUUGAGUUUUCACAGUAUGCAAUAGACUGGCAUGUCUUAAGGUCAAUAUUAGGUCCAAAAUAGCAAAAAAGAAACCGCUUUCUCUAGAAACUCAUCAUUAAAUAAUUGUUUUGAGGAUUGAAGGCUAUACAAUGUUUGAAAUUGCCAAAAAACUGAAGAUUCCAUACAAAGGUGUACAUUACAGUCUUCAAAGACAAAGGACAACUGGCUCUAACAAGGACAGAAAGAGAUGUGGAAGGCCCAGAUGUACAACUAAACAAGAGGAUAAGUACAUCAGAGGAGGGCCGGAGUGGGAUUCAUAUUCAGCCCGGGAUGUCAUGUCCAAGUCAGCCCACACCCAAAGGGGGUUUGCGGUGAAGAUGAUAACAAUAAAACAAGAUCAAAGGACAAAGUCUCUUUAACAGGGUUUUAUCACAUGAUACAAUAUCGAAGGCACUCUGUGCAGUUUGUUUCAUUGAGUUUAAUCUUUUGAGAUCUGUAAAGUCCCAUUAUUUUCAUACUGUGUCAUGCUGUUGCAUCUGUAUUCGUUUACUUUAAGUAUUCUGUUAUUUUGUGACCAAAAAUGAUUGUGCUAUUAUCAUUCUGCACUGUUAGGGAAGAGAAGUUCAGAGAUUAAUUGAUUGAGAUUGUGAGGCUGCAGUCCGUAUUAAACAUGUGAUGAUGUUGUACCUGAAGCACAUUCAGCUAUUAGUAGUAUUGAAAGUUUUUCAAUCAACAUGUGGACCUAACCGGUCCAAUUUCUGACUGGCCCAGCGGGAAUUCUCCUGAUUAGCCGAUUACCCUGCAUCAGAGUCUCUAGUUUGAGAAAUAGACGCCUCACAUGUCCUCCGCUGACAGCUUCAUUGAAUUCUACCCACUCAACACCAGUUUCAUGUACAACAGUAAAGAGAAGACUCAGGGGUGCAGGAAUUAUGGGAAGAAUUGCAAGAAAAACCACUUUGAAACAGAAAAAGAAAAGUUGGGGUGAGCAAAGAAACACAGACAUUGGACAACAGAUAAUUGGAAAAGAGUGUUAUGGAUUUUAACCUCAUUGAGCUUCUGUGGGAUCAGCUAGACUGUGAGGUGCAUGAGAAGUGCUCGACAAGACAGACACAUCUAUGACAAGUGCUACAGGAAGUGUGGUGUGAAAUGUCACCUGAGUAUCUGAACAAACUGACAGCUAGAAUGUCAAGGAUCUGCAAAACUGUCAUUGCUGCACAUGGAGGAUUUUUUGAUGAGAACACUUUGAAGUAGUUUCAGAAGUUCUGAACAUUUUUUUCAAAUUGUAAUAAUUAUUAUCACGUUAUUAAUGCCCUGAAUACAUUGUUAUCAGUUGAAUGCCACUUUGGCGAAUAAAAGUAACAAUUUCUUUCCAUAAUAGCAAAAUCUGUACAUUAUUCCAAACUUAUGGCUGCCAGUGUAUGUAUAUACAGUAUAUAUGUGUGUAUAUAAACUUUUCACUUUAUCUGACUUAUAUCUAAAUAUUCAUAUAACUUUUUUUCAACCACUGUACCCUUUUGGAAGAAAUUUACACACUGCAAUGUUUUAAAAUAAAUAUAUAUAUUCAAGAUUCUAAGAGAACAAAAUGUAUGAAAUAUACUCAACAAUUGUCUAAAUAUAUUGAACAUGAGAGAGAAGAGGCUGUUGUGAAUAUGACAUACUAAUAAGGAAAAUUACUGAAAGAGAUUUAUCUAUUGCAUAAACAUCACACCCACACUUUUUAUGAGAAAGUCAGAUUACUCAUUCUUUAACUACAGAACACUUAUGAUUUACACUGUUGUUGAACCUUUUGCACAGUAUGACACAUGACCUAUUUCUACCAUAUCCAUGAUGUUGCAGAAACAAAGGCAAAUAAAGCAAUCCAAACAAUGAUGCAGACUAGACAGAUUUAAAGAGACACAAUAUACAAAUAAAAGUUGUCAUGUAGGUCACACCAUUUUCAUGAUGAGGUGUUGCAUAAUUAUUCCAUAUUCAUCUAUUAAAAGCUAGUGAAAUGAAACACCAUGUGCUCUUUUCCUGUUUACAAAAGUCAGAAGCAUGUUAUUCUAUAUUCUGUGUAUCACUGUAAUAUUCUGUGUGCACUUGCUUCCUCUAUCUCCCCCCCGAAAAUUCCUUGUGCACAUGAGAACACUUGGCAAUAAAGCUCAUUCUGAUUCUUCUGAUUUUAUAGUGCAUUUGCAGUGUUUUCCAUCCCAUUUUCUGCCAGAUCAACU